AUGGAACCCGAUUCACACUAUACUGAAGAAUUGAGUCAAGAAGAAGAAAAAAGAUUAUCUUCAAAAACCUCUGUUCUCACUGAACCAGAGAAGAACAAGAUUUACGAACAGUCUAUUGAACUAAUCAAGAAACAAGAAGCCAAAGAGGAUUUAUCGGUUUUGCCAAGUUUACAUGUUUCGGAUAUAUCGCAAGAAAUGAAAAGAAUUCCAUUAGAACAUCGUAAUUUGGAGGAUU